AUGAAAGUGUCAACUCGCUUUCAAUAUCACAUUUUGUCAUUUCCGGUCAAUGUGAAAGCGGAAGUAGAAAUGAAAAUAAAAAGAGACUACAAACUGAAAGCUGAAAAUUAUUUUGCAGUUUAUCAAUCAGACUGAGUCAGGCAGACAAUGGAUUCUUCAAGACCUAAACUGGAUUUGAACAAUGUUGAGAUGAGAUCAAACGACCAUGAAAGUAGAAUAGAGCGGUUCAGCAGAGGCUUUUCUAUCACCAAAGCUUUCAAGAGGGAACCAGACAAAAGAGUAUUUGUCAACAGAAGCCUUAUGUUAGAGAAAGUCAAGUUCUUUGGAUUUGAUAUGGACUACACUUUAGCAGUGUACAAAUCGCCUGACUAUGAGAAUCUAGGAUUUCAGCUGAUCAAAGAACGUCUAGUACAUAUUGGUUACCCAGAAAGUUUACUGGAGUUUGAGUAUGAUCCAACGUUUCCGAUCAGAGGUCUGUGGUUUGAUCAGCUGUAUGGGAACUUGCUCAAGGUCGAUCCAUUUGGAAACAUUCUUGUCUGUGUUCAUGGCUUUGAAUUUCUUAAAGGAACUGAUAUCCACGAGAUGUAUCCAAACAAAUUUGUACAGAUGGAUGAGAACAGAUUCAGGAUAUUCAACACUUUGUAUGAACUACCUAUCAUGUAUAUGUUAGCAGUGGUAGUAGACCUAUUCUGUCACAAUCCAAAUUAUACCAGGAAACCAACUGGAGUACAGUCAGGAGAUCUCACUAUGACAUAUUCUUCCAUAUAUCAAGAUGUGAUAGCUGCUACAGAUUUUGUGCAUGCCAAAAAUGGUCCUUUGAAGAAAGCAACAAUGGAGAAUAUAGAAAAAUAUGUACAUAAAGAUAGCAGAUUGCCUGUUCUUCUAGAUAGAAUGCGGCACCAUGGUUCAAAGGUGUUCCUUGCUACUAACAGUGAUUAUGUCUAUACCAAUGUAGUAAUGAAUUUCUUAAUGGACUAUCCAACAACGAAAGAUGAACCUAAACGAGACUGGGUGUCGUAUUUUGAUUAUGUUGUCUGUGAUGCCAGAAAACCAUUGUUCUUUGGAGUAGGAACAAUUCUAAGACAAGUUGACAGGGAAACUGGUGCAUUGAAAUUAGGAACACAUACUGGUGAAAUAAGAUCUGGUCAUAUCUAUUCUGGAGGGUCAGUGGAAGUGUUCUCAGAGAUUAUGGGGUCCUAUGAUAAGGAAGUUCUGUACAUUGGUGAUCAUAUCUUUGGUGAUAUUCUUAAAUCAAAAAAAUUAAAGGGUUGGCGGACAUUCCUAGUGGUUCCAGAGCUGGCUCAGGAACUGAUGGUGUGGACCGAGAAACGAGCCCUCUACUCAAAACUUGAAGAGUUAGACUUCCAGAUAGGAGACCUUUACAGAAAUUUAGACAGUACGUGUGAGAAGGGUCCAGACAUCAGCAAAAUACACCAGAAGAUAAAGAUUGUCACCCAUGAGAUGGAUAUGUCAUAUGGUAUUAUUGGAAGCCUCUUCAGAAGUGGGUCCAGACAGACAUUUUUUGCCUCACAGGUGAUGAGGUAUGCAGAUCUGUAUGCUGCUUCUUUCCUCAAUCUCUUACACUACCCAUUUUCCUAUGUGUUCAGAGCCCCUGCAAUGCUGGUAUGUAUGUUGGUUCUCUGGCAUAUACCUUACAUUAUGUUUACCAUUAUUUACCAGUGUUACUAGUUUUGAUAAUAUAGU